GCCCCCGGCUUCCACAGGGGUUCGAGAGUGUGUUCGAGAGCGACAGUGGCCCCCCAAGCUCAGGCCAGACUUGGUCACACGAAAACAAAAGAGAAGGUUUAAGUGCUCGUUUUUCGUUGAAUUUGAAGCGAAAUUCAAUCGAAAACUUGAGUGAAAUUCCACAAAUUCAACCCAGACAUUGUUGUCAUUCGACCAUUUCACUUUAGAAAUCAGCAGCGACUUUGUAUAGUGACUUAUUUUUCUCUCUCAGUGUUGUUGCAGCAGCAGCACGGCGCCACAAAACAUUGUACACCAAAAUACUAAAAACUCAGUCGAUCGUUAAAUUGAAUAUUCAUCAAACAACACAAAAUACUUUACGUGAAAUUUCGCCAACGUUUCAGUGCUCUUUACUGCGUGGCAACUAAUAACCUAAACACCGACUUAUAGAAAUUCACUUUAUACCCCAGGGCUGUCAAAUGAAUUUUUAGUCGUCAUUAUUCAAUUUGACAUAACAACCUGUUGCCAACUUAAAAAAACAAUCACAAUUGAAAAGAGGGAAAAAAAGGAGUUGAAUGAGUGAAGUGUUUGUGUGUGUUGUGUUCUUUGGACUCGGCAACUGAUUAGAUUAAACUCAAACAUCCUUUUUGAUUUAAUUAUUUAAAUAAAAACCAUCGGGAGAUACGAGCUUCCGACGAGAAAUGGAAAGCUGGGGAGAAGCUUUGGCCAUGAUGACAACGACGGAGCCACUUUUGCUCCGGUCCGAAGUCAAGAAAGAGGAAUCAGAUCUCCAUCAUCACCACCACCACCACAUGUGCGGAAUGGAGGACUGCUCGCCGGCCGAUAGCUCACUCUACUCACCCACGACUACUGGACUCCAGCUGGAGUUGGAACUGAGCCAAGAAGAUGAGGCAGCCAUUGGAGGAUUGGGAAUCGCAUCGGCCUUGACUGCCAAUCGUAGCGGAUCCUAUCAGUCGACAACGUCCCCAUCGAUCGCCCGCUCCCUAUCCACUAGCCCUGACGAGCUGCUGGACAGUCCACCACCUCCUCCUCCGUCCGAUCACCGCCGCUCCUCCAUUACUACUACCGGCACCAAGCAGCAACAACAUUUCAUCUGCUCUUCAACAACCAAUCGAGGAGCUACGCUGGCUGCCAGCAAUUCGACGACCGCAAGGUCCAUCAUCCGCAUCCAGGAGCCAAGUUUAGCAGCCGAAGAGACUGACAUUUCCACCGACAUAUCGCCGUUGUCGACCGGACUGUGCCGUUCGAUCUCCCGCUCCUAUUCGAGUCCCGAGCCAGACGACGGGGCCGAUUUGGAUGGCAAACAGCAACAGUACGUCCACUGUUCUUCCACGACGGCGCCGGCUGCUGAUGAAUUUCCCAAUCGCCACCGAACGGCUCAGAGUGAUAAUUUCAAAGACGAAGACGCUCCCAAACGGCUGUGCCUCGUCUGCGGCGAUGUUGCUUCGGGUUUCCAUUACGGCGUUGCCUCGUGCGAGGCCUGUAAAGCCUUUUUCAAACGAACCAUCCAAGGAAACAUCGAAUACACGUGCCCGGCCUCCAACGAUUGCGAGAUCAAUAAGCGCCGGCGGAAGGCUUGCCAGGCCUGCCGCUUCCAGAAAUGCAUCCGAAUGGGCAUGCUGAAAGAAGGCGUCAGGCUGGAUCGCGUCCGCGGAGGAAGGCAAAAGUACCGGCGCGUGACGCCGUAUACAACCACGCCAGCCUCGGCCAACAACAACGCCGGAGCCCAGGCCGGAUCGACCGAUUCCAACAACGUCAAUCCUCAACCCGUCAAAAAAGUCUCGCUGGAAGAUAAUAAAAUCUUGAACACGCUGGGACAGUGUGAACCCGAAAUGUUGACGACGGUCGACAUUUUGUGGCCGGAAGGCGAUGCCUCGAGUAUGGAUCCAUCGUUGCGGAUCCUUUGCACAUUGAGCGAACUCUACGAUCGGGAAUUGGUGGCCGCCAUUGGUUGGGCUAAACAGAUUCCAGGGUUUCUGGAAAUGCCCCUCAACGACCAGAUGAGGCUGCUGCAGACGAGCUGGCCGGAGGUACUGACCCUGUCGCUAGCCUUCCGCUCCAUCCCGUUGAACAGUACCAAUCCGAAAUUGCAAUGGUCGGCUGACUUUGGCAUGAACGAGAAGGAAGCACGCGAAUGCGGCAUGGAAGAACUCUUCUUCCAGUGCGUGCAAAUAGCCCAGCGGCUGGAGCAGUUGUCGGUGACCCGUGAGGAGUACUAUCUCCUGAAGGCCCUCGUGCUGGUCAACUGUGACGUCCGAGUCGAGAGCAUGGCCCACGUGAAGAAAUUGAGAGAAACGGUCCUGGCCGCCCUAUCGGAUUGCUCGGCAGCUCUAAGACAAGGGAGCGGAGCCAGCCAGCAGAUGCAACACUUGCUGCUGUGCAUGCCGUGCAUCCGGCAAGUCGAUAGUUCACUGAGACGGUUCUGGGCUCUGGUCCGUCGUGAUUCUCGAGUUCCCAUGAACAAACUUUUCUUGGAGAUGCUGGAAUCGCCCUUGAGAUGAACAGCAAAUUGUUCUUUUCAUUUCUUUAUACACAUCGGAAGAUGAGUCGACCUAAACACAGACAUUGGUGGAAGAAGGGAUGAAAACACCCAAGACUCUUUUUAACUUUUCUCUCUCGUUCUUUCUCUCUCUCUCUCUACAUAAUCACGGUGUUGUGUUUUUAAAACAAGAAAAAGAAAAAAAAUUAUACAUAGGAUCUAUCAAAAUAUAUAUACAGACGGUAUGUAUACAGCGAGAGACUCACACACACAAAUUUGUUAACCCCCAUGUUGUUGUUGUUUCGGGGAGCAAUAUAUUCGUGAAUGUUGCACGCACAGAUGCACUCGCUUCGUGCUGGUCUCUCUCUCUCUCCCACAUUUUGUGUGUAAAUACCUUUUCGCUGCGAGACGUUCUAAAAAAAAACAACCCUUAACAUUCACACCAACACAGUUUACACUUGAAACAAACGAGGACAAACAGAAGAAAUAAACUACGAAAAAAUUUGAAUCAACCCAGCAUCUCCGCAUCAACAAAAUUAUUUGAAUCGAGAAAAAUAUAAAAUAGCAAACCAAUCAUCUUGACACUACCCUCUACACACACCCCACCUGAUUUUGUUGGCGCUGUACAAUAAUCGAAAGAAGUAUAUAUAUAUACCACGGGCUAUGCAACAGUGACGGAUCUGACUUAUGAUUUUCCCCCCUUUUUUGUUUCUUUUUCUAAUAAUUUUCUUAACAUUCGUACAUAAUGGUUGUUUGAAAAAAGACAAAAAAAAAAUAAGAUCACCUACCCCAUUUUUAAAACUUUUCUUUACAAUGUUCGUAUAUAUUUAUUUUAUACAACAAUAAUGCAGCUCUGUGUGUGUGAUGUGUGCGCGUGUGUUUUUUAUUUAAAUCAUUUUUCGUAGUCGAAAUCGUCGCGUGUGGUCUUCAUUUUCUCUCACCUUCAUCUCGUCAUAAUAGUAAUAAUAAUAAUGAUGUGAAAUAUUAAAUCAGAAAAGAAAAAACAAGGCGCCGUCCGUCUAUCCCCCUUACAAUCUGUCAUUUUUCUUAUUACUUUCUCCAAUUUGUGUUUAUUCUCCCUACCUGGUUUUGAUUUGGAUUUAAAAAAAAUUGUAUGCUGUGUGGAUGAAUCAUUAAUUAUUUGUUUCACUAUU